CACAUCACAUCGACUCGUGAGCGGAUGCUUCAAGUUCUUAAGAAAGGGACUGUUUUCACCCGCCAUUGCUCUUGAUAACCGUUGCAAUUCAUAAGCCGAUCAUUCAUUCUCCCGUGGUUCGUUCAAAGCAAAUAUGGCAUCCGCAAAGCAGGUUGUCCUGACCGACAAGGCCCCCGCGCCUAUCCCGGUGUUGUCCCAGGGAAUCGUUUACAACGGAAUUGUAUACUGCUCGGGCCAGGUGGGGAUGGAUCCGGCCACUGGCAAACUGGUUGAGGGAACAGUUCAGGAUCGAACAGCCCAAAUAUUCCGCAACCUGAGCGCUGUAUUGGAGAAAGCCGGCUCAAGCUUGGAGAAGGCUAUCAAGGUCAACGUCUUCCUUGCCAAUAUGGACGACUUUGCGGCCAUGAAUGAAAUAUAUGGCCAGUUCCUGAGCCAAGAACCUAAGCCGGUGCGAACCUGCGUUGCUGUGAAAGCACUCCCCUUGGGUACGGACGUUGAAAUAGAGUGUUCUGCCUUCAUUUGAACUGCGAUGCUUUCCUUUCGUCGAGAAGUCUUUGCUCCUUCCAAGCCAUCUAGCGACACCGAAG